GUGGAGGCCGCCCUUGUGGUGAUAUCCGCGAGGCCGGCGUCCCCGCUCGCACUCGGCUUCACCGCCUGUUCUGUGCAGAAACUGCCAGGGUAGUCUGGGCUCUCGCGUCAUGCUGUCCCGGGUGGCGUGCAGCAAGAGCAGGAAGCUGGUACCAGCUUUGGGAAUUUUGGGUUACAGACAGAAGCACAGCCUUCCCGAUUUGCCUUAUGAUUAUGGCGCUCUGGAACCCCACAUCAACGCGCAGAUCAUGGAGCUGCACCACAGCAAACACCACGCUGCGUAUGUGAAUAACUUGAAUACUACCGAGGAGAAGUAUAAAGAGGCACUGGCAAAGGGUGAUGUUACAACUCAGAUAGCUCUGCAGCCUGCACUGAAGUUCAAUGGUGGAGGCCAUAUCAAUCAUUCCAUUUUCUGGACUAACCUGAGCCCUAAUGGUGGUGGAGAACCUAAAGGGGAGUUGCUGGAAGCCAUCAAGCGUGACUUUGGUUCCUUUGCUAAAUUUAAGGAAAAGUUGACAGCUGUCUCUGUUGGCGUUCAAGGUUCAGGUUGGGGUUGGCUUGGCUUCAACAAGGAACAGGGACGCUUGCAGAUUGCUGCUUGUUUUAAUCAGGAUCCAUUGCAAGGAACAACAGGUCUUAUUCCACUGCUGGGAAUUGAUGUAUGGGAGCAUGCUUAUUACCUUCAGUAUAAAAAUGUCAGACCUGAUUAUCUAAAAGCUAUUUGGAAUGUCAUCAAUUGGGAGAAUGUAAAUGAAAGAUACAUGAAUUUGCAAGAAAUGAAAUGUUAAUCAUUACACUGAGUAUGUAAAGCUGUUUCUCACUGUUUUUGUAACAGUGUAGUCUGCAGCAUUCUAAUCAGCUUCUCUGUUGUAGCAUUUCUACAUAUUGCUUAUUGAGAUAUUUCACAAACAAUUCAGUAUUACAGUUUCAUGUUUAAAAGUUUGAAUGGGCAACAGUUAGAAAAUAUUGAGUGCUUUGUAUGAUUUAGUCUUUUGAUGAACAUUUUCUUUAGAGAACUAGAAUAGCCUACAAGGUUAUAAUUUUCAUCAUAAAACCCAUAAGAAAUACCCAUCACUUUACUCCUGGAGCCUGUAGGAAAGCCUUUAUAAUUCUGUUUUAUUGCAGUUAUAAGAAGUCCAGUCUUUUGCCCAGUUGUUUAACUGUUAAACCCGAAGGAAACAUUCAACUUCUGUUCAAAAAUACUCUGAUUAUUAUUAUUUCUGGUAGAUCUCUCCCAUUGGUCUCUAAUUAUUGAUGUUCACAUGUUAAUACUAUUUUAUCAUUUUUAAAAAACAUACUUUGCUAAUUGAGAUCUGCUUUAUUAACAGUUAUGCAUUUGAAUUUUUUUAAAGGCAGAAAUAUAAAGACUUCAGUGUAAAAUUUUGUCUUCAAACAUAGAUAUAUUUAUUGUAUAUAAGUGUCAAAACGGACAAAAUAGGACCGUGGUGAUGAAAUCAAUGACAGGGAUUAAACCAGUUUUUCUGGGUGGCCACCUCCUCUCACCAACACCCCCCCUUCUUUUGGUCCAGUUCAUGAGCGUCCCUCUCAAGGGAACUGGGCUGCUGCUCAGAGAACUUAACUACCUUCCCAGGUAGAGGCAAAUUGAUCUCUGGACAAGGCCUGAUGUGUGCUUUCCCCAGGAUCAAAUAUUCUCCUUUUUUUUUUCUUUUUCUUAAUGUACAGCCACAAUAAAAACUUCUUACUGUUUUGUUUCUUCAAUAAAGGAAAAAUAUACCCAUAACAUAGUGAGACAGCAUGUCAAAUCAUGUUCCUGUAUAGUUUUUGAAAAUAGACCUGGAGAUUAUUUAAAUAUAGCAGGGACACUUUUUGUAUUUAGUUUAACAUUGUCAUGCAUCUUCCCAUAUAGUUUAAUCAUUGUUCUAAUAGUUUUUAACGGCUGUAUAUUUUCAGUUAAACAUUUCCUAAUCUGUCUUAGAGCCCUAUUACUGGAUAUUUCAUUUGUUCUCAAUUAUUAUUUAUUACAGAAAAUGCUUUAGUGAGCAACUCUCUGCACACAGGUUUUCCCUUCAGUUGGAAUAAUUUCUAUACAUUUUUCUAUGGAGGAUUUUUCUUAAACCUCUUUAGUAACAGGAUGUUUUCCAAUUUAUUUUUUUUAUUUUUCACUUAUGCCCCAAAUUUUAUUUUUCUGUUGUUUCUGAGGAAAAAUGGAGUAACUUAACAGUUUCAAUAUUGAAGACUGAAGUUUUAAAAAAUUUAAAUUCAAGGUACUUUUCUCUUAGCAUUCAAUUAGGAAAGUUUUUGGCUUUCUGAAUUGUCAGAAGUGAUGAGAGUAUUGGUAACUGUUUGUGUAUGUGUGCGUGCUUGUGGAUUGAAAAAUAGUUUGGAGAUUCUGGUCAUCAUCUAUUAUAUAUCACAGUGAAGUGACUUUCAGGAAGCUCAAAUGGGAGUCAUCUGUUUACUGCUUCCUAUAUGAACAAGGUGGCAAACUCUGUCUAAACAGACAGUUUAGAAAACUGGGACCUUUUCUAAAGAUGGCUUUUGUAUACAAGUAGUCUGUGGAUCGUGGUUUCUACUGAGCUAAAAAAUAUAUGCAGAGACUACUGAUUUACAUAAAGCUUUUUGAUUCCCACUUAUCUUUUUAAGAGUCUAAAAAAAUUCAUUGUUGAAAUUUCCAUGGGGCUCUAUUUUUGCUUUGACUUUACAUUUAAAAUGGAGGAAAGAAUGGGGGAAGCACACUUCAGUUAAGAUAUUUGUUUUUCCUCCAUGUCAAAUAAAGCUAAGAUAUUUUAAAAACUAAAGAUUUUAAUCAUCCAGCAGAAAAUGAGACCAUAAUUCUGUUUGGCCCUGUUUUCAUGAUAGAAAUGAAACAGAAGAAAAUAAAAUAGCAGUUUUUUCCAUAAAGGAAAAGUGCUGCUCCUCCAAGAGGGAUUUUUGUGACCAAAUCAGCAGUCCCUGCUCCACUCCUAGACGUCCUUAGGAAGCCUUAGAAUGAUCAGUGCUGGAAAGAAACAAGGAAGCAAAACUAACACUGUCUUUGAAACAGAAUCUGUUGCUUGUUUGUUGUGUGAUAAACUUUGAUGCUGAGAGAUUACAACUUUAUUGCACAUGCAAACACUCAAAUUCAUGGUCUUAAAAUGAGCUUUGAAUUUCUGUUGAGCAGCUUUACAAAAGUAACAUCAAAACCAUAACAUUUCAAAGGAGAUGCGUAUUAUUAUUUAUAGUUAAAACUGGUUAUAAACAUAAGUUUUAUUUCUUGUUUUAAUUUCAAGGAGAUUACUGUUUGAGAAAGCUCUUCAGAGAAUGCUUUAUAAAUUACUGUUUCUCAUUAUCAGUCAUGCCCUAAUGAUCCCAGCAAAUUAAUGUCAUCUUUAAGAUAUGCAUCAAUCCUAGUAUACACCAAAAAUCUUAUAAGGCCGUGGAUACCUUUUGUGUAAUUAGUCAUUAGAGAAACAAUUAUUUUCCUAUGACAAUGAUGUAGAGUUUUGAGUGUUAAUAAAAAAAUCUAUUAAUCAUUAAAA